CGCAUGCGCAAACGCUCCAUCCGCCGCCCGGCCGCCCACAGGUGGGGGAGGGUAGGAGCGGCCGCAGCGCUGAGCCCAGGCGGCCCCGGCACCCCCUCCACCCGGAGGUGGGGCGGGGAUGGAGGCGCCUUUAUCCCGCACGGGCCCCCAGCAACAUCGGGUAGGGUUUUGAGUGCUCUGCCGUCUCAUCGAAGUCCGCCGCCGGCGUGAAGGAGGAAGAGGAGGGGGCGCGCCAACAUGGCCGCCGCCUCCAAGUGGGAGCGCCUGAGGCCGCUGCGGCCGGACACGCUGCGUCUGAGCGCGACACCAAUGCUUGACUUGAGUUUAGAUGAUGACGUACCAGUUGUAAAAAAAACUCUGAAGGUCAAAAGGCCUCGAUUUGAUGUAUCCUUGGUUUAUUUGACUCGAAAAUUCAUGGAUCUUGUCAAAAAUGCUCCAGAUGGCGUCCUUGAUUUAAACGACGUAGCAAUAGCUCUUGGAGUACAGAAACGAAGAGUGUAUGACAUCACCAGCGUGUUGGAUGGGAUCAACUUAAUUCAGAAAAGAUCAAAGAAUCACAUCCAGUGGGUAGGUACUGAUCUUGACCGAAUUGUUGAAGUGGCAGCACAACGGCAAAACCUUAAAGAUGAACUUUCUGACUUGUCAGCCAUGGAAGAAGCUCUGGAUGAAUUAAUCAAGGAUUGUGCUCAUCAGUUAUUUGAUCUAACAGAUGACAAAGAAAAUGCAAAACUAGCUUAUGUGACGUACCAAGAUAUCCGCAGCAUUCAGGCAUUUCAAAAGCAGAUUGUGAUUGCAAUCAAAGCUCCGGAAGAAACCAGACUGGAAAUACCGAUUCCUAAAGAAGUAAGUUUUAAAGAAGAUUGCAUCAAAGUACACGUAAAGAGCACAAAAGGACCCAUUGAUGUGUAUCUGUGUGAGGUGGAACAAGAGAAGCCAGGAGACAAAACUUCUGAAGAUAAGGAAGCUGUCACUUCUGAAACUGAGCCAUCAGUUCCUCCCGAUGAAGAGUGAGAGGAACUACAACCCAGUCUAACACACAGUGUAAAUAUCUGAGUUGUAGAGCUCUUCCAAAGCUGUUUGGAACUGCACAUUUGCCAACCUGAAUUGCUCCACAGUAUUUUACAUUUAAAACAGCAGCGGAUUGAGCGCUUUCACAGGAAUAUUUAAUCUUCCCAAGUCGGAAGGCAAUGGCUCCUAGGUUUGGUAUUAGGAGCUUUGAUUUUAUAAUAGCAUGUGAUCUAUGGAGCUUUGGGGAAAUGGUGGUUUUAGUUUAUAAAGUAAUUUUAAUUGAUGGAAAACGCCUUCAGUAAAGGAAUUUGAAAAAUGGAGGCUUUUAGGAACUGUUUCUGGAACAAUCUGUAAACCUGAAAAUGUAUAUAAUAAAGAAAAUGCACUUUUCAGUUCUGAGGCUGCACUACUAUGAAAAAGGAAUAUUAAAUACAGAUGAAGAAAGAACUGAUGUAUCAGAAGCCUUCGUUAUGAGGAAGAAGAUGUAAAUAGUAUGAGAUUUAUGCCUGCCACUGUGUAGAUGCUGUUUGCAUUAUUUGCAUCCAGUUCUGCCUUAAAUGUGAUACCAACACUGAAGUUUAAAUAAUGGCUUUUUGUAUAUCUGUAUCAUGUCUGGGCAGUUACUGAUGUCGAUUUAAUGAGAUGGUUUACAUUUCUGACUCUGUACAGCAAAGAAGUAAACUUUAUAAAAGCUUCGAGUGGUCAGUCUAUAAUUAAAAAGCACAAUGAUUUGA